UGUGGUCUCUUUGAUUCCUCUCGAGAACUCUCUCGCUCUCCCCCCACCUCUCUCUUCCCCCCCCCUCGUCCCCGCCCCCCCCGGCGCGUUCCUUGGCAAUGGAGCCAGCCGAAGAGGCCGAGGGAGGGGCGCCUCAAGUAGAGCUCCAGGGGGAUACAACUAAGGGAAAGCGGGAGUCUUUGGAGGAGAUGCUCUCGAGGCACAGGCAAGAGAUAGCCAAACUUCAAAACAAAGAAAUGAAUCUCAAAAAAGCAGCUGCUAAAGGCAGCAAAGCUGAACAGAAAGCCAAGAAGAAGCAAGUAGAGGAUGAGAUAUCUCGACUGUUAUCACAACUUAAAGCUAAGCACUCAGAGGAACUUGCUUCGUUGGGCUACGAAAACACUGACAGCUCAGAGAAGGGCAGUCUAGAUAGUUUGGUAAAAGCUAUAGCUGGUGUUUCUGUCACCAAUCACAGUGAAUCCACAAAGCCCAGCAAGGGAGCAAGGAGGCGUGGGAGAAGAGCUCAAGAAGCAGCAGCAAGAGAGCAGAGGAUACAGGAAGAACAAAGUAACAUCAUUAGUGAUCGUAUGAUUGAAAAUGAGAGUUUGGAGAGAAAGCUUGAGCCUCUUGGGUUGACAAUCAAGGAGAUCAAACCAGAUGGUCAUUGUUUAUACCGUGCUGUCGAAGACCAAUUAUCACUCCUCUGCAGAAAUAUCUCACAGUAUAAUUACCAGGAGCUCCGAGAAAUGGUUGCUAACUACAUGAGAGAACAUGCAUCGGAUUUUCUUCCAUUUUUCCUUUCAGAUGGUAAGAUUGAGAUGGAUUCAGAUAGCUCACCCAUGGAAAGAUUUGAGAAGUAUUGUGAAGAGGUUCGGACCACGGCAGCUUGGGGAGGACAGCUUGAGCUUGGUGCUCUUACACAUUUGCUCAAGAAACACAUUGUGAUAUAUUCAGGGUCUUUUCCUGAUGUGGAGAUGGGUAAGGAAUAUAAAUCUGAUAAUGGAAGUAGUGCCAGCAAUCCAAGCAUCUUGUUAUCAUACCAUAGGCAUGCUUAUGGGCUUGGUGAGCACUACAAUUCAGUGAUUCCCUAUGGAAAGAGGUAAUAGCAGUUAGUUUAUAAACAACUUGUCGAGUUGUACAAAAACCCAUCUGUGGUUUUAUUUGGAAUCAUUAUGGUUGGUUAGUUCAGCUGUUUGAUGUUCACUUGAUCAUUAAAGUGGAUUAAUAAUCUUAUAGUAACUUAUUUUUUCACAUUUAAUAACAGAAAUGUGAAGAAAUAGAUCAGUUUAUAGGUGAUGGUAAAAUAUGACUGUAUUUGCUAUAUGAGUGAAUUUCUU